AUGCAUAUAAUAAAAGCCAAACAUCCUUAUGUAGCUGUUUUUAAUAGUUUGCCUCAUAAAAAUAAGCGGAAUGAUAAGUCAAAAGGGAAAGUAUUUUGGGUAAAGGAAGUGGCAGUGAGUGCUACCAAUAUUUAUACAUGCUGCUUAAAUCUUAUCGAUGUACUCUUUAAAAGUUGUAAUGGGAUAUUUUAUCAAGUCUGUGAUUUAAAGUGUUCUUCAAAGACAAGUCAAACAGUUUACUAA